AUGAGGAUGAAUGGAGGAGAGGGAAUUGGACUGAUGGUUGUAGGAGGAAGAACCGGUUGCAAUGUGGAGGAGAUGGAUUUGCGAUGUUGCAGAAUAUGAAGGUUCCGGACUUUGCAAAACCCUUGCUAUCUAUGGUUCAAGAUGAAUGUCGGACCAUAUGUCGGAGGAACUGCUCAUGCAUUGCUUAUGCUUAUGAUGGUAACAUUGGUUGUAUGUUUUGGAGUGAUACCUUGAUUGACACUCAGGAUUUUGGUAGUGUUGGUGUUAGCCUCUACAUUCGUCUCUCUGCGUCUGAAUUUGAUAGCAGCACGAGGAGAAAGUUGUACAUCAUAAUUGGAGUAGCUGCGGGUUUUGUUUGCAUAUCUGUUAUGAUGUUUAUUGCUUGGUGGUUAAUAGUGAAGAGGAAAGGAGACAAAGAGAAAGAUACAAGUAUUGUAGAAGCAGGCCAUAUGUUCACGACGGAUUCAACUGCAAUCGUUCUUAGAAAUGAAUCAAAUGAAGUUAAUAUUGGUGAGUUGCCAAAGUUCACUUUUAAGAUGCUUGCUAAUGCAACAAACCAGUUCCAUGUAACUAAUCUUCUUGGAAGGGGUGGUUUCGGUCCUGUUUACAAGGGAGUUCUGGCAAACGGGAAAGAAAUCGCUGUGAAGAGACUAUCAACAGACUCUGGACAAGGAAUGCAAGAAUUCAUGAAUGAAGUGAUUGUGAUAUCCAAACUCCAACACAAGAAUCUUGUCAAACUUUUGGGAGGCUGUGUUGAGAAAGAAGAGAAGAUUCUGAUAUACGAACACAUGCCAAACAAAAGCUUGGACGCUUGUCUCUUUGGUCCUACAAAUCCAACAAAGAAGCUGUUAGAUUGGAAUAUGCGUUCCUGCAUCAUCGAGGGCAUCGGGCGAGGCAUCUUGUACCUUCAUAGAGAUUCCAGGCUAAGAAUCAUUCACAGAGACCUAAAGCCAAGUAAUGUUCUACUAGACCAAGACUGGAAUCCAAAAAUCUCGGAUUUUGGGAUGGCAAGAAUAUUCGGAGGCAAUGAAGACCAUGGCAAUACUGCAAGAGUCGUGGGAACAUACGGAUACAUGGCGCCAGAAUACGGAAUGGGAGGCAGAUUUUCUGAAAAAUCUGAUGUAUACAGCUUCGGGGUGCUGAUAUUGGAGAUUGUGAAAGGAGAAAAGAACACACACUAUUUCAAUGAUGAAUUGUCCUUGAGCCUUGUUGGAUGUGCGUGGAAAAUGUGGAGUGAGGGUAACGGUUUGAGUUUCGUUGAGGAAAACAUUGCAAGUAGAGAGAUGGAGGAAGAGAUGGUUCGAUGCAUUCAGAUAGGCCUGCUUUGUGUUCAAGAAUAUCCCAAGGAUAGGCCUUCAAUUGAAAUCGCGCUGUCGAUGCUGAGUCGUGAUAUCGUGGAGCUGCCACUGCCCAAGCAGCCUGUGUUUGUGGAAAAUGGUUCGAUUCCAGGACCUGGAUCAACAGACCAAAAUGUUUUCUCCAGUAACGAACUCACUCUCACUGUUCUUGAUGGAAGAUGAAUGUAUUUCCGAUUGUAUACGCUUAUUCUCAGGUUUUCUUUGUUAAUUAUUUUCCGGGUCGUUUAAGAGUGUCGAACCACUAGGGUUAGAAUUCUAUAUUAGGGUCAUGAUG